AUGGAAAUUACUCCCCCCCGGCACCCGCGGACCUUGACAAAUGGCCCUGGGCUGGAGCUGAUUGGCUCUGGGCACCCCUGGGCAACUUUAAAUUUCAGCUCAGGGUGCAGAGCCCCCAGCAUCGCCUGUGGAACUGGGCUCCAAGCAGCACAGGAGCCAGCCAGGAUGCGCGCAGUCUUCUUCUGCCUCUGCCUCUGCCUGCUGGGCACCGUGCUGCCCACACCCGUGCCGCCUUCAGCCAGGGCAAGAGGAAACUGCCCUGGACAGCACCAGAUACUGCUGAAAGGUUGCAACACCAAUCAUGGCUUCUUCGUCUUCAAGUUUAUGCACUCCUUCAUGAGGAGAAACCAGACACAGGUGAAGAAAGAAGAAGGUGACCACCAGGGCACAAUCCAUGGCCGCUGGCUGGGUAAGGUGGACGGGGAGACCCUAGGACAAGGUGUUGGAAGCAGCCAUGUGCCAGAGGACAAGGACAGCCCCAAGCCCCACAGCCACAUCACUCCAGUAAGCAAAGUGGGAGGCCGUGCUCUGCGCCCCAGUACUGGUGACAGCAUCAGUGUGUAUCCCACCUCAACCAGCAUGGAAGGCAGCGGUGACAUGGGUUCAAUGUUGCUGGGGGAGAUCAUCAAUGGUGAAGAUGGCCUCCCCCAGAGCACCCGCCCUGGUGAACCUCAUGGAGAUGGCAAUGGUGGUAACGGUGUUACACCAGGGGAUGGGGCUGUGACAGCAGGGAGGGAGAGGGCCACCGAUUCCGAAGGGGCUGGGGGUGAGGGCAGCAGCCAUGCCACUGUGCCUGACCAAGGGCAAGCAGGCACCAUGGUGACAGGAGACUCUGCCAUCACCUCUGUCACCAAGAAGGAGGAUGUCCAUGUGGAUGCGGAAGACAUAGGCGAGUUUGCAUACAUCCCCUACGUGGAUGCUGCCACCAUCACCCGGGGGCAGGACGGUGAAACACAUGUCUCUCCGAAGGAUGAGGUGCAGAUUUUCAUUGGAAGAGCCAACAUCCAAGUGGGUGAGAAUGACGGCAGUGCGGGUAGCACUGGUGCUACCAGCGAGGCCAAUGUCAUCCCUGCGGCGGUGAAUGCCAGGCCUCAGGGAUACCCUGAGGAAUCAACCUCCAUGGUCACCGUGCAUCAUGGGGACAGUGCCACCAGCAGGCCUGGGGACCACCCUUCUGCAGGAAACAGUGGGGACGGUGCCACUGCCAACCACAGCGGACAAGAGCUGGAGGCCCCUAGCCCUCAGGAGAGCACUGAUGGUGAGGCCACUGUCACCACAGCAGCCGGCAGCCAAAGUGGAAAGGGGAGAAGUGGGCAGAGACCAGUGGGGAAGCAUAGCCUCCCAGCCACCAUGACAACUCAGGGUGCCAGAGGCACAGCCUCCUCAGGGCUGACUAUGGGGGACUGUAGCACUGCUGUGAGCACACCACCUGAGAAAGGGAGCCAGGUGGCCACUGCAGGGCAAGAAGGGAGCAGGGAGGUGGGAACAGCAGGUCCAAAGAGACAGAGGGCUAGGAUCCAGCAAGAGGUGGCACCAGCACCUGAUGUAGAGGGAGGAAUGGUGGUCCCUGAGGGGCACGGGGCCAGGACCCAGCCAGGGGUGUCAUCAGCACCCAGCACGAUGGAGACUGAAGCCCCAGAGAGGCAUAGGAGCAGGGCUCAGCAAGGAGUAGCACCAGUACAUAGUAUGGAGAGGGAAACAGUGACCCCAGAGAGGCAGAGGGCCAGGAUGCAACCAGGGUCAGCCAGGAUGCAACCAGGGUCAGCCAGGCUGGGACAAGCAGCGAGACCAGAGGUGGCACCAGCACCCAGCACGGCAGGGGGAAUUGUGGCCCCAGAGGGCCACCGGGCCAGGGUUUGGCCAGGGGCAGCACCAGCACCUGGAGUGAUACGGGUGGCCAGGCCAGCCCCCAGCAGAGUAUAUAAUGGGGACAAAAGGGAUGCCAUGGGAAAGUCCACUGAUGUGCCAAGGGAUCCCUGGGUGUGGGGCAGCACCAGCCCCCAGACCCAGCACACCAGGGGCAGCAUGGUGGCAGGAAGCUUUUCCCACCUGCAUGGAGGGCAGAGGAUGGGGAGCCUGGCAGAACUGGAGCGCUCCAGGCAGGUGGAGCAGGUGAGGCAAGCCGACCGGCUGCGUCUGCAUGAGCGAGCCCUGUAUGGCCUCAGUGGGGUGGGUGGCCCCCUGCAGCCCCUUGCAGCCCAAGCUGACUCCUGGAGCGCCGACAGCAGCCAGUCUUCUGAGGGGCAGUGGGGCAGCCGCAGUAACAGCGGUGAGGAGGAUGGCGAGGUCAGGGGGUAUCCCCACCGCCGAAGGUCCUUCUGAGGAGUGCCCUCAAAAGCAUCAGGGUGACGCAGCACCCUCUCGGCGGCGUAGGGUAGCAUUGUUCCCGAGGAAAGAUGUGGGGAGAAAAGCCCUCCAGCCUCACCGUGCUUCUGAAGAAAUAAAGGCAUUUCUGUCAC